UGCAAGAGGAUGGCAUUUGACAAAGGCUGUCCUACGGCCCAUCCUUGGGAAAGCCUUCAAGACUAUCACAUAGAUGAGGACGUGGGCUUCGCGCUGCCAAACCCACUGGAGAUGCUACCUCCUGAUUAUGAUUCUUGGAUUUUCAUUGCUAAAAAUCUGCCUGAACUGAUUAAGUCUGGCCAACUUCGAGCAGAAGUUGAGAAGCUGCCAAUGCUCAGUGUCGAUGACCUGCAAGGACACAGGGCACAGCGUCUUGCACAUCUGGCUCUUGGGUACAUCACCAUGGCAUACGUAUGGGGGCAAGGUGACGGGGAUGUCCGUAAGGUGUUGCCAAGCAAUAUUGCGAUCCCGUACUGCAGACUCUCUGAGAAGCUGGGACUGCCUCCUAUUCUGGUUUAUGCAGAUUGUGUUUUGGCCAACUGGAAGAAAAAGGAUCCCGAUGGGCCCCUGACUUAUGAGAACAUGGAGAUUUUGUUCUCAUUUCCUGGUGGAGACUGCAGUAAAGGAUUCUUUCUGGUUUCUCUAUUGGUAGAAAUAGCAGCUGCUUCUGCAAUCAAAGUAAUUCCCACUAUAUUCAAUGCAGUGCAACAUCAGGAUCGGGACACUUUGCAAAAGGCACUGCUUGACACAGCUUCUUGCCUCCACAAAGCCCUUGAAGUGUUCCACCAAAUUCAUGAUUACGUGGACCCCAAGCUAUUUUUCAAUGUUCUUCGCAUCUAUUUGUCUGGCUGGAAAGGCAACCCCCAGCUGCCAGAUGGUCUGCUGUAUGAGGGGGUCUGGGACACCCCAAGGAAGUGUGCAGGGGGCAGUGCAGCCCAGAGCAGCAUCUUUCAGUGUUUCGAUGUCCUGCUAGGUAUUCAGCAGAGAGACAGUGGAGAAUCUGCUGCCGAGUUCCUGCAGGACAUGAGAACCUACAUGCCACCAGCUCACAGGGACUUCAUUCGCUCACUAGAGUCAGGGCCGUCAGUCCGUAAGUUUGUCCUUUCAGAAGAGGACGCCGGCCUGCAGGAGGCCUAUGACAAGUGUGUGAACGCUCUGGUCUCCUUGAGGAGCUACCACUUGCAAAUCGUGACUAAGUACGUUGUGAUUCCUGCAAGGCAGCAGAGCAAGGGCGACAAGGUGGCUGAAGAGCAGGGACACAAAGGCACGGGCGGCACCAGUCUCAUGAACUUCCUAAAAUCCGUGAGAAGCACAACCAUGAAAUCCCUUUUGAAGGAAGGCUAAUGUAACCCAGGCCAGGGUACACAUUAUCAAAGCAAAAGCACUUGUGUACCUUGUCACUUCUCAUUGUAUCAGACCUAUGGUUAUAAUACACAACAUCUGGUGCUGGCAGGUGGCAUGGUGGUUGGGGCUCUGGACUCCCAUGUGG